AUGUCAAGUGCUUUUUUUCUCUUGGCCUUGUUCUUGGUGGCUAUGUCCAUUUUUCCCUCCAUAGUGGGAGCAAUAGGUGAGCACCGUCUAAGGUGGGUGCCUAAGUCAACAACACCUUGCCAAGGCUCCAUAGAAGAGUGCAUGGAAGAGGGUGAGUUUGGAAUGGACUCAGAGUCCCACCGGCGCAUUCUAGCAACCUCACAGUAUAUAAGCUACAAGGCGCUUCAACGUAACACUGUGCCAUGCUCUAGGAGGGGUGCUUCCUACUACAACUGCAAGCCUGGUGCAGAUGCUAAUCCUUACACUCGUGGCUGCCCCACCAUCACCCGUUGCCGUAAUUCUUAG